AUGAAUGUUGGAAACAAGAACUGCAGAAAAUUUCUUCACCUUAAAGGAGCAGUGUCUCUUGUGUCUCUGCGGAGUCCCGUCAGAGCGAUGCUGGUGACCGUCUUCUGCGCCCCCCGAGACCGUCCAGAGACCAUCUUCUCUCUGGACGUGUCUCCGGAGCUGGAGCUCAGAGACUUUGUGGCUCUGUGUGAGUUAGAGUCUGGCGUCCCCGCGUCUGAGAUCCAGAUAGUCUAUGUAGAACAGCAGCUGAAAGACCCAACCCGUGCCUUGGGGAAUUAUGGAGUAAAGGAUGGAGAUGUGGUGGAGCUCAGACAAGCAGAGCAACGACCGCCACCACCAACACAACCAGCAUUUCCAGGACUUCCCCGUAUAGACUUUCGCUCCAUCACUGUCCCGGGCACCUCAGGUUCAAAUAACCAGCGUAAUCCACCUGUGAGGCCACCACAGCAGCCACAGCCCAGUGCACAGCCUUCCACACCUACGGCCUCACGCGGCUCUUCCUCUCAGGGUCUGGACGACCCUGCCUUACUUCAGCAGAUGCUGUUAUCCAGUCCACACGAGCUGUCCCUCUUGAAAGAGAGAAACCCUCCUCUAGCAGAGGCCCUGCUCAGUGGAGAUCUAGAACGAUUUACAAAGGUGUUUUUGGAGCAACAGCAAGAUCGAGCCAAAAGGGAACAAGAAAGAAUCAGACUUCUGACAGCAGAUCCCUUUGAUUUAGAAGCUCAGGCUAAAAUUGAAGAAGAUAUUAGGCAGAGCAAUGUAGAAGAAAACAUGACAAUUGCCAUGGAGGAGGCUCCAGAAAGUUUUGGUCAAGUAGUAAUGCUUUACAUCAACUGCAAAGUCAAUGGACAUCCAGUCAAAGCCUUUGUUGACUCGGGAGCUCAAAUGACCAUCAUGAGCCAAGCCUGUGCUGAGCGCUGUAACAUCAUGCGGCUGGUGGACCGGCGCUGGGCUGGCAUCGCCAAAGGAGUGGGCACACAGAAAAUUAUUGGCAGGGUCCAUUUGGCUCAGGUCCAAAUUGAGGGAGACUUUUUGCCUUGUUCUUUCUCCAUCCUGGAGGAUCAGCCAAUGGAUAUGCUGCUGGGAUUAGACAUGUUGAAGAGACAUCAGUGUUCUAUCGACUUGAAAAAGAACGUGCUCUUAAUAGGGACCACUGGCACUGAGACUCGCUUCCUGGUAGAGGCGGAGCUGCCUGAGUGUGCUCGCCUGGCGUACGGAGCUGAGGGCAGAGAGGAGAACCGUCCAGAGGAGAUCGCAGACCGGGAACUGGCCGAGGCACUGCAGCGGUCCAUACAGGAGAGCGACACUGCAGGUGGACAAACUACCUCACCCCAGCUCCCAAGUUCAGUUUCUUUACCCAAAAUAUCAUCAACUUAUUCAGAGAAACCCCCAAGUCCCAUCCCAGGUCCGUCAUCACUGGUCCCUACAAAAGCGGCCACCUUAUCAUCGGUGAAAAAGCAAGACUUAAAGCAGCCCGGACAAUCCAAGGGCCAGACUAUCCACUUGUCAGAGCAGAUUGACCCCAGUGUGCCCUCUACCAGCUGUCCAAUCACUGCAGAUGCUCUCCCCUCUUCUCCCAUGUCCACCGAGGCAGAGGAAGAUCGGGAAACAAUCAACGACGCAAAAAGCACCACAAACCCAGAGCUCGCUUCGUCUCCCGUGCAGCCAAUGGAGCAGGAGGAGCGGGUUUCGGAUCAGCCACACCUCCCCGUGGAAAUGGCGCCGGCUUCCGUCAUCGAGCCGGAGCCGGAGUCGGAGCAUCGCACACGCACCAAUAGUAUCCCGUCCCUGGCAGCCGCUUUGAAGGAGCUGCACGAGUUGAUUGUGUCGAACAAGUCCACCUCUUCAGACUGUCCCCAUGACCCCUUCGCUCCGGUUUUAUCACGUCUUUCAUCUCAAGACAUAACGCCGCAAACUGUAGUGGGACCCUUCCCCGUAGAGCACAUCCAGAGGAUUCAGGCAGCUGGGUUUUCGGCUCGCGAGGCCGCAGAGGCGCUGGAGAAGGCUCAAGGUGAAGUGGAGAGAGCGCUGUUUGCUCUACUGGCCCGGAGAAUCACUGUGCCCACCUGA